UUGUGGGCGUGGCCUGUCGCUCGAUACCUCGCCAUUUUCCUCUGGUUGUUGUUAGCUUGGUGGCUAAACCGGUUAGCUGCGGCAAAACGCCUUCCGCAAAGAUUUUAAAAUUACAAGGAGGUUGCUGUAGUUGGGUUAUCAUCACUUCGACUCGCCAUCAUGGACGAGCCGUAUUACAGCAGUGCAGGAGACUGGGAAGCAGGAGAGAGCAGCGGUAACAUGGACGAUGAAUACGGAGAAGGAGAAAGUGAUGGGACAAUUCAGGAAGAUUGUCUGAAGAAGUUCUCCAGCAGGGACUACAUCAUGGAGCCUGCGAUAUUCAAUACCCUCAAAGCGUAUUUCCAAGCAGGGGGCUCUCCUGAGCAUGUAAUUCAGCUUCUCUCCGAGAACUACUCUGCUGUGGCUCAGACGGUUAACCUCCUGGCAGAGUGGCUCAUCCAGAUGGGUGUGGAACCAGCUCAGGUUCAAGAGCGAGUGGAAAAUCACCUCAAGAGUCUGCUUAUUAAGCACUUUGACCCCCAGAAAGCAGAUUCUAUUUUCACUGUUGAGGGAGAGACGCCUGCUUGGCUGGAGCAGAUGAUCGCACACACCACAUGGAGGGAUCUCUUCUAUAAGCUGGCAGAGGCUCACCCAGACUGUCUGAUGCUCAACUUCACUGUAAAGCUCAUUUCAGAUGCAGGUUACCAGGGUGAGAUAACCAGUGUGUCCACAGCGUGUCAACAGCUGGAAGUUUUCUCUCGAGUACUCAGGACAUCUCUGGCCACGCUGCUGGAUGGAGGAGAAGAGAACCUAGAGAAGAACCUGCCAGAAUUUGCUAAAAUGGUGUGUCACGGCGAGCACACUUAUCUCUUCGCCCAGGCCAUGAUGUCCAUCCUUGCUCAGGAGGAACAGGGAGGUUCAGCUGUGCGUCGCAUCGGGCAAGAAGUGCAGAAAUCGGCUCACGAGAGAGGUCACGAUGCCAGUCAGAUAACCCUCGCACUUGGCACAGCUGCAGCCUACCCUCGAGCCUGCCAGGCUUUGGGCGCCAUGUUGUCUAAAGGAGCCCUGAAUCCUGCUGAUAUCACUGUUCUCUUCAAGAUGUUCAGUAGCAUGGAUCCUCCACCUGUUGAGCUGAUCAGGGUUCCUGCUUUCCUCGACCUGUUUAUGCAGUCGCUGUUUAAGCCAGGAUCAAAGAUCAACCAAGACCAUAAACACAAAUACAUCCACAUCCUGGCCUAUGCUGCCAGCGUGGUCGAGACAUGGAAGAAGAACAAGCGAGUCAAUAUUAAUAAAGACGAGCUGAAAUCGACUUCCAAGGCCAUAGAGACCGUUCACAACCUGUGCUGCAACGAAAACAAAGGCGCUACUGAGCUGGUGGCUGAGCUUGGCACUUUGUACCAGUGCAUCCGGUUCCCAGUUGUUGCUAUGGGGGUCUUAAAAUGGGUUGACUGGACGGUGUCUGAGCCGCGGUACUUCCAGCUGCAGACCGACCACACUCCUGUUCAUUUAGCUCUGCUGGAUGAGAUCUGCACUUGUCAUCAGCUGCUGCACCCGCAGGUCUUACAGCUGCUCAUUAAGCUCUUUGAGACCGAGCACUCUCAGCUGGAUGUCAUGGAGCAGAUGGAGCUGAAGAAGACGCUGCUGGACCGAAUGGUUCAUCUGCUGAGUCGUGGCUAUGUCCUGCCUGUAGUGGGUUACAUUCGAAAAUGUCUGGAAAAACUCAACACAGAUAUCUCCCUCAUUAGAUAUUUUGUCACAGAGGUGCUGGAUGUGAUUGCGCCUCCAUACACAUCAGACUUUGUUCAGCUCUUUCUGCCGAUCCUGGAGAACGACAGCAUCGCAGGAACAAUUCGCACAGAGGGAGAACACGACCCUGUCGCAGAGUUCAUAGCUCAUUGCAAGUCAAACUUCAUCAUGAUCAAUUGAUGUGGAGGAAGACAGCGACACCGACAAUGUUGGGAACUGUACUAACAGACAAGAUCUGUGAUCUCCGAUAACCAAAUGCUGUUGAAACACACUGCAUGGAAAUGAACUUUUAAGUUAGACCACAUGAAUGAGUUUCUUCUGCAGCAGCUGAAGGCAAACGUGGGUGAGCUGGUGAAAGCGUGGCAAGAUGGCCGGCUGCUUGGUGAAGCUCUGAAGAUGCAGCUAAACGUUUGUUUUUCAUCUGUGAUUAUAUGAUUUACUAUAUUUUGUCAUUUCAAGCUGUUUUUAAAUAAAAAAAAUGUAUAUUUAGUGUCUUGUAUUAUUUAGUUAUCUAAUUUUUACAUGAGCAUUCGGUUUCCAUGACCGUAAUUUCUUUUUCAUAGAAAGAAAGUAAUAGAUUUAAGUUCUGUUUAUUGGCAUAUUGUGAAACAACAUCACAGAUUCCUAUUAUUUAAAUUGUGCAACGUAAAUAAAACAACUCCUAAAACUUGACAUGACAUUAAAGACACGUAAGGCACGAUUAACAUUUUUGAGGGUGCAGUGCAGCAGCGUAAACUCCAGCAGAUCCAGUGUUCCAAGUUCUUUGGCUAAGUCAGUUUUUAUAAAAGUAAUAGUUCUAAAUCCAAGCCCUGAUACAGGAUUAUUCCUCCAUCUGGUGAGUGAAACAUCUGCAUCUGACAUCCAUGUGAUUAAAAACCACUGUAGCAGGUCUGAUUUCCUACGGAUCCUUUGAUAAUGAACCUCUCAUUACAAGUAG